AUGCGGUUAUUCCUCCUCCCCAUCUCAACACGACGCACGCUCAUCUACUGCGAUCGCGUCGCAACCCAAGUCAACGCCAGCGGAAAGCUCUCCUACCACGAUCGCAUCGUCAACAAAGCAAACGAGACCUGGGCAUCCUGGGAGAACUCGCCUAACAAAUACAAGAAAAAGCUCACCGAUUACGGCAAUGUGAUCUUCAACCGCAUCUCCUACGAGGAGUGGGGGCUCAAGACAUUGCCUUCAUCCACUGCGGACCUUACACCCACUGAGAUUAUCUUUCCUGGUCGGUUCCUGGAUCAAAAUAAGGUUCCCGAGCUUCUGAAGAGGCUGGCGACCGAGAGGCAGGGCUUGCACAAACAGAGGUUUUGGGGUAGUUUGAUUGGAUUGCCUUUCACUAUCCCAGUUGGACUGCUGCCCGUCAUUCCGAAUAUUCCUGGGCUCUACCUUACUUUCCGAGCCUGGUCGCAUUUUAAAGCAUUAUAUGGAUCAAAAUAUCUAGAAGCUUUGAUUAACAGCAAGGAGCCCUUGAUAAAGAUGUCUCCGUCAAAAGCUUUGGACAAUCUUUACGCUGCUGGCUUGAUACAUCCUUCCCGAGAGCACUCUAGGCAGGCAACUCUGCCGUCGGACAACGAGUCCCAAGAAGUCGCCAAUCUUGUCACACAACAAACUAACAAUGACACAGCCGACGUCAUGUUGCUCAAGCGGUGGAAUGGCAAGCUACUCGCCGAGCAGUUUGGCCUUCCAGGCAUGGAGCUUGAGAUUGAGAGAGCCGUCGAGCAAGUCCAGAAGACUAUCGAGAUUGAGGGCGAAAAGAAAGACACCAGCACAACGACGGAGGAACAGGCGCUUUCGGAUGGCGAGAAAAAGUAA